AUGGGAGGCGGCUCUAUCUCCCCGCGCGGUUUUACCCUACGCACCGCUUCCAAGGAAGAUCUGGAUGCCAUCACUCGGAUCCAUAUUGAAGGCUUCACCGAGGAGCCGCAGGUCCAUUAUUGCUAUCCGUACCGACAUGAAUUUCCUGAAGAUCACUGGAAAUGGACCAGGAAAGAAUAUGAAAACUACUUAGCGCAACCUGAAAAAUACGUUGUCUAUCUGCUUGAAGAUGCUGUCGAGGUCGACGGCAAUACUGUUUGUACACCAGUUGGCCAUGCCGUAUGGAAUCUUGCUGUCCUAACGCCAGCGACGGGAGCGGACCCAGCCGAGAAAGAAAGAAAAGAUGCAGAUAAGAAGCGGUGUGAAGCAUUCUUCGGACGAGCUUCUCAACGCUUCAAGACUUACUUUGCACCGUGGGCCGAGAAGCAAGUUAACUUGUCUUCGCUUGUCGUUCAUCCUGACUACCGACGGCGUGGGGGUGGUACGCAAUUAGUAGACUGGGGUAUAAAAGAAGCUGAAAGCAAGGAGUGGCCAGUAACAUUGUGUGCGAGUCCAAUGGGUCGUUUUCUGUAUAACUAUCUCCGGUUCAAAACGCUUGCGGAUGAGGUUGUCCAAGUUGCGGGCGAGGAGGAGACCUUGACCAGUGUAGUCAUGGUACGCGAGGAUUGA